CAAGUUUCUUUCUUCUUCUUUCUCUCAUCUUCUUGAUCUCGCUUCACUCCACACUUUAUAUUAAACCUUACUAUCAUAUUAUACAGAUUCAUCUCUCGCCAAGAUGAUGAACCCUUAUGAUUUUACGUGGAUCUUUGGCGUCACCAUGGUGCUGGCUUUCGCCGACGCCUUUGGUAUCGGUGCAAACGACGUCGCUAAUGCCUUUGCCACAUCAGUCUCUUCUGGAUCGCUGACGCUCCUUCAAGCCGUUAUUUGUGCCUGUUUCACUGAAUUCUUGGGUGCCCUUUUGCUCGGCAACCAAGUCUCUGAUACUAUCCGUAGCGGUAUCAUGCCUUUGGACUCAUUUGAACAGCAACCAGAAAUGCUUAUGCUUGGUAUGAUGUGCGCCCUUUUCGGUUCUGCAACCUGGGUUCUGACUGCAUCGCGCUUCGGCUGGCCCGUCAGCACGACGCAUUCCAUCGUUGGUGCUAUUAUUGGCAUGGGUAUUGCUGGUUUCGGUCCCGGUGUCGUUGACUGGUCGUUUGGUGGUGUCGGUGGUAUCAUUGCCUCGUGGUUCAUUUCACCCAUUGCUUCCGGUGUUGUCGCUGCUAUUAUCUACAUGAUUGUCAAGUAUGCCGUCCUCAAGCGAAAGAACAGUAUGAAGUGGGGUCUUUACCUUGUUCCCAUCUUCUUUUUCGUUACUACGUUUAUCGAAGCCUUUUACAUUAUUUUCAAGGGUGCGCCUGGUACUGAAGCUGCCAAGAUGGGCAUUGGUGCUCAAUUGGGUAUUGCCUUUGGUAUUGGUGGCGUCUUCCUUAUCUGGUCCUUUUUAUUCUUUGUCCCAUGGCUUCGUCGCCGUGUCGUUGAGCGGGAGCAACUUCGAUGGUACCAUAUUUUUAUCACUCCGUUCCUUUCCGCGCGUCCCAAAGCUGGAUCUCCCGAUCAAGAAGGCCAGAAUGUUUCAGAGCAUGUGUUGCCCACUGAUCAAGAUGCUGUCCUUGCCAAAGAAGAAGCCAUCAAGAAGGAGCAGCAGCAGCUGGAAAAGAGUGCUUCAGAUGCAACCGAUGAUGGUGAAUCGUCUGAUGACAAGAAUAAUAGCGGUCAACAACAGGUCAUUGAGCAUGUUGACAUUCUCGAUACACCAUUCUACUGGGGCAAGCUCUUGUCGUUCACCUACCUCAAGAAGAAGUCAGUGGCUAUCGUGCUUCAUGGUAUUCGCCAGGAUGUCCGCAACUUAAACUCGGCUCACUUGAAGGACAUCCACGCCGCUGCCGUAAAGUACGACAACAACACCGAGUACAUGUUCUCCUUCCUUCAAGUUAUCACUGCCCUCGUCUUUUCAUUUGCCCACGGUUCCAACGAUGUUGCUAAUGCUAUCGGUCCCUUAUCUGCUGUGCACACCAUCUGGACCACUGCCACUGUCGGCGAAGAGGUGCCUGUCGCCAUUUGGAUUCUCGCUUAUGGUGGUAUUGCUAUCGAUAUUGGUUUGGCUACCUUUGGCUACCGUGUCAUGCGCCGUCUUGGUAACAACAUCACUUACAUGACUCCUACCCGUGGUUUCUCGACCGAGUUGGGUGCUGCCAUCACCAUUUUAACUUUCUCUCAAGCCGGUGUUCCCGUCUCCUCCACCCACUGCGCUACUGGUGCUACCGCCGCAGUAGGUCUUUGCAAUGGUAAUAUCCGUGCUGUUAACUGGAAGAUGCUUGGUUGGUGUAUGUUUGCCUGGGUUAUGACACUCCCUAUUGCUGGUCUCAUUUCUGGUUUGGCCUUCUCGAUCGUCAUCUAUGCCCCUCACUUUGGAAUGACUAUAUAAAACCCUUACAAACCAGAAAAUACACCUCACAACUUUUCGAUUAUCCCGCCCAAAUCCCCACACACAUAUUUAUAAUCAUACUGAUAUAGUCAUAUAUUUAUUAUUUUAUGUACUUUAAACCAAUAACUUUGUAUCUUUAUUAACAAAUGUUUUAAUAUGAUAUGUAUGCUACACGUUAUGCAUAAUAUGACG